GAGUCGCGGGGGCUGGGCCGCUGCCCGUGACCUGGUGCUCUGCCUGCGUGAGGGCACGGCCUGGGCCUGGGGCGGAGCGCCGUGCGCUGCCUCCUUCCCCCUCUCCAAAUGCGUGAGGCCGGGCGGCAGCGCAAGACCUGCCGCCAGCUGCUGUCUGGUCAGAGUCGUCUUCCCCAGAGACUUGUCAGGGCCUGGGGGGAGCUGAGCCUGCCGGGCCCCCCUUGCAGCGCAGCUAUAAAGGCUUUGGGGGCACUGUGAUUUCCACAGGGGUUGGAAAUGUUACAUGUGGCGGUGCUGGGCUGGGUCCCUGUGUGGCUCUGUGCUUGUCCUGGCUCAGCCUGUGCGUCAGGCACGCCGAGAAACUGAAGUAAGAGAUGAGCUCGAGUCUCGAGAUUUCUGAUCCCUCAGGGGGGAUGAGAAGCAGAAGGUGCCAAAAGUAUUUGUGUGCACAAGGAGGAAAGUGUUUCUGUCAGCUGUAUUUGGAACAGUCAAGAGUCUGUGGCAGGAUGCAGUUGGGGGAUAGCUGGGCUUCUUCACAGCUGCCCUAGUAAAGGCCAUUGGGUGCUGGGGGGGGGGGGGGUGCAGCAGGCAAGAACCAGGGGACCUCUUCCUGCCAAGCACUAAAGGUGCCCCAAAUACAGGGGGCACGUUGUGUUUUGUUGAGCACUUUGUGCUGUCGUUCCCUGAGCGGUUACACUAGCACGGUCUGGCGCUGCUGUGGGAAGGGGCAGCUUUUCUCCCUGGGCCCCCCCACUCCUGUUCCUGAGCUCUCUCUCUUCUCGGGACAGUGAAAGUGUUUGUGCAGCCCCAUGGUGAACUGGCUCAGGGACCUGCCCUAGGAUAUGACAAACUCUGCAGGAAGCAGUUUCGUACUGGCUGGCAUCUUGAUCCGACAAGUGCUGCAGCUGUGUGGGUGCUUGCACCAAUGCAAAAGCUGGGGGAGCAGAGGGCAAGGAAGCACCUCCUCAGCAGUGCGGCCACACUUCCCCAGCUCGGGGAAGGAUUGUGUAAGGUUUUGUAUGAGCACCCAGCCCACUAGGUGUUUCUCGGAGGUGCACCUGGUGUCUGGAUGGGGCAGCCUUUGACCAUCUCUCCCCUGCAGCAAAUCCCACAGUCCCAGCACCCACGGUGCCAAAACCUCCAGGCCCCUGCACACCCAGGGGCUGAAUGUCACACCUGGCUGCAUGUUUCCUGAUGACAGAGAGGGAGAAAGUCUUGGGGAUUAGAAUAGGUGAAUGGAAAUAAUCUGUGCUUUGCCUGCACUCCUCCAAAACCCCAUGGUGCCUGCAGCAGCCUUGGGUUGCUAUCAGUCUGGCACCUGGAAUCGGGCAGGGCUCCAGCCCUCCUCUGUUCUUGCCCGCCGUUAGGAAUAACUGUCAGCAAAGCACCCGAGGGAGGCGAGCCCUCAGUGAAGCGUGAGAGCAGCAGGCUUUGCCCGAGGGACUGAGAGCAGACAUGUGACCCUGGCUCUCCCCCCUCACCGCUUCGUGGGAGGACGGUGAUCCUUUCUCAGCCCUUCAGGACCCCUUUUGGAGUUUACUGUCACUCUGCCCUGCAGUUACCCUGUGCCACCCCUUCAGAGGUGCGGGAAGGAGGCAGUGGAGCCUUGCCUGGCCCUGCAUGAAGCAGUCGCUGCUUCUUGUCUCCUUCUUGAAUUCUCACCCUAGAGGUGAAAGAAAUUCAGCAACAAACGCUUUCCCACGUUUGUUGGGCCCAGGUUAGCUUUCUCAGUGCCAGGAAGCAUCUGUAGCCAGUGUGUUUCAGUGUUGGUGGGGACUGGAGCUGAACAGCAGCAUGCUGCCAGCGUCGGAGGCCCAGCCUUGGGAACCACGGCCACGUUUGCCACCGUGAGGGGCCCUUCCCAUUCCCUCUGCAGCCAGAGGCACUGCAGCAAUCUGGGGAGACCCAGUGUGUGUGGCAGCUUGGGGGUGUCACUGCUGUCCUCCCACACUCUUUCAAGCUCUCUGGGGCCGAUGCCGGGCCCUGCUCAGCAUCCCCCAUCUCCAGGUCGUUUUGGGACCCUCUGCUGUGGGUGGCGGGAGCUGUCUGUGCCAGGCAGCUAGGCUGGACUCGACGCUUGAGCUUUUCACUUGGCUUUGGCAGCUCUUAGUUACGAGGGUGGGUUGGCCCAAAGAGAAACAGUUUGGGCGCAGUCCUUGUCAUGGGACUGGCUUUGCCAGAGCUGAGGGCAGGGCAAGAGCGCUUUGCUCUCUGGAGUCCUUUGCAGUUUGUGGCUACAACUCCAUAUUUGUGGCUACUUGUUGCCCCGGGCAUUUCUAGAACACUCCUCAGUGACGUGGGGCAGGCAGUACAGAGCUGCCAGCAUGCUCCCUCUGACCGAGCGCUUCCCUUGGAGGUGCCCCCUGGCCAUGCCCGAGUGGAGCUGUGGGGUCUGUGCUCAGUACACAGGUGAGGGUAGGAUGGGGUGUUCCUGAGGGCCUGGCUUGCCUUGUGCUGAGGGAGAGGCAGGCUCAGUGGAGCUGGGUUAGGCCAAGAUGCUGUCAGACUCAGUGCUGUGCCCUCAGGUGGGAGCAGGGCUGUGGGAUGGGGUGUGAAUCAGGAUACCAGGAGCUGCUGCAGGCUGACAGCACCUGGGGGUGGGCAAGAUCCUUGUGGCUGGGCCCACUCCCCUGCAGCAAACCCCUGCAGACUGGUGAGUGCUGCUCAGGUCAGGGAGUGCAGCUGGGACAGCAAGGGAGGAAGCCUUCCCAGCUCUCAGCUUUCACCUCCUCCACCGAGACACUUUGAGUGGGACCAUUUUCAACGGGUUGUUCCAGCUGUCCUCUGUCAAAGCCAUGAACACCCAAGGAUGAAACCAGAGAGCAAAACAGACCAGCCCUUGGGCCAGCAGCUCCCAGUCCCCAUAGGGGAGCUGGCUCUGCCUGGGAGGGCAUGUCUUCAGGGGCAGGGGUGUGCGCCCUGCCUGCCCUGCCCUCUCCCUGGGGCAUGAGGAGCAGAGGUGUCCUGUUUCCAUGCCAGGCCCCGCUGACGCUGUCUGUAAAGCGGCAGGGAGAUGAAUAUGCAAGGUGCAGUCUAAGCUCCCAGCUGGUGGGUGGAGAGGGAGGAACUCUCCUCUUGCCAGGGAGCUCCACUCUCAUCUGUCACAGGAGACUGUCCCCAGUCUGCUCCUGCUUCUCCCCUUUCUUCCUUCUUAGGGCGUUACUUGCUCCCAUUCCGGCCCUCUUACAUGGGGCACAGUUUGACUGAAAUAGCUGCCACCCUGAGCUGUGGGGCAGGCUGCCCCAGUUGAGCCUGGAGGCUCGAUUUUGCAGAUCAGGGCCUCCUUGCGUCCUCACCCUCAGCUCUGCCUCUGGGUGUUGUUAGCACCAGCGGCCCUUCUGGGGCAGUGCUGUUGUAGUGGCAACCAUGAACAUGACAGUUGCUUUCUAGGUUUUUAAUGUGUGUUAUGUACAGAAGACCCCCAGUUGUAUCUUGGGAGCUCUGACAAGCCAGUGCUUUUGGCAGUAAGCAUUGUAACAGCUGUGAUGAGGUAGGUUUCCUCACUGAGCGCUGCGUGGGGCUUCCCAUAAAUGCUGCAGUGGAGGUUGUGUGAGGACACUGGCCCUGGGAGGGCCCAGCACUGGGACAGAGAGCAGAUCCUAAUGCUGUUGGGCCUUCUCCACCUGCUGCCAUGCCUGCUGUCUUUUCUCUUUAGGCCACUAGUUCCUUGCCAGAGAGUUUGACCACAGAGAGUCGCCAAGAUAGCUGGGCCAGGAAGAAAACGUCGCACCCCUGACCCAGACUCCAUUACUGACCCCGGUGGGCCGUUUGUGUCCUCCAAACGGCUGAAAAUGUCCAGCAGCACCAAUGCCCCUGGCCAGAGGAGAGCGUCUCGGGGCUUGGAUGAUGCCAGCAACAAGAAGAAGCAGAAGGAUCGAGCCAACCAGGAAAGCAAGGAAGUGUCUCGCCCUGAGCUCGAGCAGGCUGAGACCGCCCCGGAGAAGGACGUGGAGGAGGAGCUGCUGCUGGACUGGAAGCAGAAUGCUGAUGAGAUCAUUGUCAAGCUGAACUUGGGCAGUGGAGCUCUGAAGGUGGAGGAUGUGGAUGCUGCUUUCACGGACACAGACUGUGUGGUCAAACUACCAGACGGGCGCCAGUGGAGCUGUCAGUUCUACGAGGAGAUUGAGAGUUCCUGCAGCAAGGUCCAGUGCAAGAAGGGCAACUUCCUACAGCUUGUACUUCAGAAGAAGAUCCCACUCCAUACCUGGUCUUCACUUCUGAAGAGAAGGAAAGAUGGAUCCAAAGAGCUGGCCAAAGGGGCCACGUGCUGGGAGAACGGGAAGGAGAAGGCUGCUUCUGCAGAGCUGGCCCCUGAAGAGCCGAGGGCUGAAGGCACAGAGCAGCCGAGGUCUCGGCGGGAGCCCUCUAACCCCAAGCGUGCUCCGGGAAGAAGCGAGGCCCUGGGAGGGAAAAGCCCAGCCAGCCCAGGGACACAGAGUGGCCCCAGCGCCAAGCGGGCAGUAUACCUCAAAGUGGCUCCCACUGAAGAGGAGCCAAAUGCCAGAGUCACUGGGAGCGUGGAGCCCGGCAAAGGGCACAGCGGGAAGGCAGGCAGCCGUCGCAAUGGCAGAGCCAGCCAGGUCGAUGCGCCCACAGCCCUCACAGACCUCGCACCGCCGCUGGAGAAGGCUGUGGUUUUGGCCAAGGAGAGUGUUCCUGUGGAGAUGCCACCUCUUGCAGCUACCACAGAGGUGUUCCCACACCGUGUUGCCACUUGUGUGGAGAAGAGGGUCCUGCAGCCAGGCAGCCCUGCUGAGGCCUUGCGGGGCCGGGACUGCACGCCUGUCCUGGGAGAGAGCUCUAAGACUGUCCCAGUGGCCACCCCUCCCCUGGGCAGAGAUGGUGAGAAGAGGGACUGGUCCAAGGACGACGUGGCUCUGGAAGCAGCGGCUGACGAGCCAGAGCCUUUUGUGAGCCUGACCUUUGUCAAGAAUGACUCAUAUGAGAAGGGCAAUGACCUGGUGGUAGUGCAUGUCUACGUGAAGGAGAUCCACAAGGAGACGUCCAAGGUGUUGUUCCGGGAACAAGACUUCACGCUGGUGUUCCAGACAAGUGACACGAACUUCCUUCGCCUCCAUCCUGGUUGUGGGCCCCACACAGUGUUCCGGUGGCAGGUGAAGCUCAGGAACCUUAUUGAGCCGGACCAGUGCACAUACAACUUCACAGUGUCUCGCAUCGACGUCUGCCUGAAGAAACGGCAGAGCCAGCGCUGGGGGGGGCUGGAGGCUCCGGCCACACGAGGUGCAGUGGGUGGUGCAAAGGUUGCCAUGCCUACAGGCCCUACCCCUCUGGACAAGAACCCCCCAGGCAGUAACCAACACCCCCUGUCCAGCAAGGAAGAGGCCCGAGCCAGCGACAAAGAGAAGCCACGUGUGGAAGAUGGGGGUCUGGAUGGUGUGGCAGCCCGUACAGCCCCAGAGCACGUGGCAGUGAAACAAGAGCCGCACAUCCCAUCGCCCAAACCAACAUGCAUGGUGCCACCGAUGACACACAGCCCAGUGAGCACCGAGAGUGUGGAGGACGAUGAGGAUGAGGACGAGAAGAAGAAGGUCUGCUUGCCUGGCUUUACGGGGCUGGUGAACCUGGGCAACACCUGCUUCAUGAACAGCGUCAUCCAGUCCCUCUCCAACACCCGGGAGCUGCGUGACUAUUUCCAUGAUCGGUCCUUUGAAUCAGAAAUCAACUACAACAACCCGCUGGGGACAGGGGGACGCCUGGCCAUCGGCUUUGCCAUGCUGCUGCGAGCGCUGUGGAAGGGCACGCACCAUGCCUUCCAGCCCUCUAAACUGAAGGCAAUCGUGGCCAGCAAGGCCAGCCAGUUCACUGGCUAUGCCCAGCACGAUGCUCAGGAGUUCAUGGCCUUCCUGCUUGAUGGCCUGCACGAGGACCUCAACCGCAUCCAGAACAAGCCCUACACAGAGACUGUUGACUCAGAUGGGAGACCAGAUGAGGUGGUAGCUGAGGAGGCCUGGCAGCGACACAAGAUGAGGAAUGACUCUUUCAUUGUGGACCUUUUCCAGGGCCAGUACAAAUCCAAGCUGGUGUGCCCAGUGUGUUCCAAGGUGUCCAUCACCUUUGACCCCUUCCUGUACCUCCCUGUGCCCCUCCCGCAGAAGCAGAAGGUUCUGACUGUCUACUACUUUGCAAAGGAGCCGCACAAGAAACCCAUCAAGUUCCUUGUGAGUAUCAGCAAGGAGAACUCCAGUGCCAUGGAGGUACUCGACUCGGUGGCUCACAGCGUGCGCGUGAAACCAGAGAACCUGCGCCUGGCAGAGGUGAUCAAGAAUCGCUUCCACCGCAUGUUCCUGCCGUCCAACUCGCUGGACACUGUCUCCCCUACGGACCUGCUGCUCUGCUUCGAGGUGCUGUCUCCAGAGCUGGCCAAGGAGCGGGUGGUAGAGCUGCAGGUCCAGCAGCGUCCGCAGGUGCCCAGCGGCCUUGUCGCCAAGUGUGCAGCCUGCCAGAAGAAGCAGCUGCCGGAGGACGAGAAGCUCAGGCGCUGCACGAGGUGCUAUCGAGUCGGUUACUGCAACGUGACGUGUCAGAAAACACACUGGCCAGACCACAAGGCUUUGUGCCGCCCCGAGAACAUUGGUUUCCCCUUCCUCAUCAGCGUCCCGGAGUCCCGCCUCACCUACGCCCGCCUGGCCCAGCUGCUGGAGGGCUACGCAAGGUACUCAGUCAGCGUGUUCCAGCCUCCGUUCCAGCUGGGCCGGAUGUCUCCGGAGCAGGGGCUGCAGCCUCUGCUCCCAGACAAGCUGGAGCCUCUGGCCAAGAGCGGCUGUGCAGCAGCCACGUCUGCCCCUGAGCUGGGGGACGGGGACAGGGCUUCCAGCCUCCUGCAAGAGCCCCCACUCUCGCCAGCUGUGCCUGAGCUGCACCCAGAGCUGUCAGACACCAGCACUGUCCGGAGCAAGGUCCUGGCAGCCAGGAGUUCCCUGCUGAGCUUGGAUUCAGGCUUCUCUGAGCACAUGGAAUCGCAGGGCGACAGCUGUUGCGAGAAGGAGCCGUCCUAUGAGAGAGCCCUCAAGCCAGAAGCUGCCAUCCCUGGGUACCAACACACUCCAGACUUGCUGAGUGCCCGCGCCACACAGUUCUACAUCAACAAGAUCGAUGCGGCCAACCGAGAGCACAAGCUGGAAGAUAAAGGUGACACCCCCCUGGAGCUGACAGACGACUGCUCCCUCGCCUUGGUGUGGAAGAACAAUGAGCGCCUCAAGGAAUUUGUGUUGGUGGAGUCUAAGGAGCUGGAGUGCGUGGAGGACCCAGGCUCGGCCAGCGAAGCAGCCCGGGCUGGUCACUUCACCCUGGAGCAGUGCCUCAAUCUCUUCACCAAGCCCGAAGUCCUGGCUCCAGAGGAAGCGUGGUACUGCCCCAAGUGCAAGCAGCACCGCGAGGCCUCCAAGCAGCUGAUGCUGUGGCGGCUGCCCAACGUCCUCAUCAUCCAGCUCAAGCGCUUCUCCUUCCGUAGCUUUAUUUGGAGGGACAAGAUCAACGACAUGGUGGACUUCCCCGUCCGGAGCCUGGACCUGAGCAAGUUCUGCAUCGGCCGGAAGGGCGAGCAGCAGCUGCCCAUGUACGACAUGUACGCUGUGAUCAACCACUACGGCGGCAUGAUUGGGGGGCACUACACAGCGUACGCCCGCCUGCCCAACGACAAGAACAGCCAGCGCAGUGACGUGGGCUGGCGGCUCUUCGACGACAGCACAGUCACCACCGUGGACGAGAGCCAGGUGGUAACCAGAUACGCCUACGUCCUCUUCUAUCGCCGGAGGAACUCUCCUGUGGAGAGACCCCUGCCAGGGCACCCCCCAGACCACCGAGCCGAGCGCACCCCUUCUGCCGAAGCUGCUGCCAGCCAGGCUUCUCUGAUCUGGCAGGAACUGGAGGCUGAAGAACAAGAACUGCAGCUCGAGGCGCCCCAAAGGCCUGCAAGAAACUCCUGGAGGCCCCGUGGCCAGAAGCGGAGUCCGGGCAUCACUCAACACCCCGACGAAGGCUGUGUCAGAUACUUUGUCCUGGCCACCACGGCCGCAAUUGUGGCUCUCUUCCUGAACGUCUUCUACCCGCUCAUUUACCAGACCCGCUGGAGAUAGGCACGGGAGCGCGGCCAGCUGUGGGAGCGGGGCUGCUGGGGCACGGGCCGUCCGAGGACGCUACGCAAGGAAGAUGUUGGGCGGCAGGACAGAAACCACUGGGAAGGACUGGCCGAGGGAAGUGUGAGGCUGUCGGCUCCUGCUUGUCUGCUCUGGUGUCUCCCGUGCCAGCUGGCAGGGCUGGGUGGCCAGCCCACUGCCUUGCCAAGGCGCAGCCCAGAACAGGGAGUCCCUCUGCCCUCCCUCACCCUUCCUGCCCGCUGGGAGUGGGGCAGACCUCAUGGCUACCUGCUGCUCCAGAAGGGACAAUGACGCUGCAACACGGCCGGGGCCUGGGAGCUCCCCAACCCCAGGACCAUCAACCACCUCUGGCUCCUGAGAAAGAAGAGGAAAUGUGCCGAGAGGCUGCAGUGAGGGCAGGAUGCCCUGACAUGUGUCCUGAUCUGGCCACCUCUCGCAACUGUGCUGCUGUGGGAGCCUUUUGCUCCCCGGGGCUGGUGUGACCUGUGGCUCCUGGGCCAGCCCAGUCCCUCCUCCCAGCCUCCCGCUGAGACUCCUGGUGCCAGCUGCCCGUGCACCAGUUGUACCUUAGCCCAACAGGCUUGUCUCCGAGGGUUUGUGUGCUUCCUGGCUCAGCCCCACCGCAGCUCCUCUCCCCCAGGCAGCUGCUGGGGACCCUGGCAAUCAGGGUUGGGGUGCUUGUGGUGAGCACCCCCUCUAUGGGCUGCUGGCUCCCACCAUCCCCCAGCGCUGUGGGGGCAUGUGGGGCUGUCCCCCACUCAGCCCCAGCUGGCUGCCUCUGGGGGGGCCGGAUCUGUGCCAGGGGAGCACAGUGCAGCACCUCGGUGUGGGGUCGGGGAGCGCAGGUAGGGCCUCGGUGUGUUAAUAAAUCCAGGUUUUCCAAAGCGAUGCAGCAUCCCUGUCCUGUGUGAUGGGACACCACACCGGGGCAGGGACUCUGUGCUGGAGCCGGUGACCUGCCUGUGCCUGAGGCGACUCUUGGGCUCAGCCAGCGUGGGGACCGUGCCCUGGGCUCCGCUGGGUGCCUGGCACACCCUGUGCAGCAGCAGGCUCAGGGGAGAGCUCAGCCUGCUGGUGCUGGGCUCUCGCAGGACCUGGGGCCGGCAGCUCAGGGUGGGCCCGUGGGGCUGGAGAACAGGCCGGAGCUCCAGCGGUGUCUGACAUUGAGACGUGUUGCCCUUGGCUGAGCGUGGCUCAGGCUGCUCUGGUGUGUUUGGGUGUGAGAGGUGACUUCAGAGCCGUGUGACUUCCUUUUCCGUCUCUGCUGCUGUCCUGCCAGCAGUGCCCUUGGCUGGCUCAGGAAGGAUGCUUGGCAGGGAAGGGGCUUGAGCCAGACAGUGGGGAGCCCAGAGCACCCCCCCCACACACCCCCUCCCAGCUUUGGUCCCGCACCCCUCUCGCACAUACGCUGCUGUGUCCUCCCUGCCAAGUGGGUCCCAGCCGGGGACCCCAGUGGGGCUGUGCCGUGGUCAUGAGGUACCUGUCCUGGAACAGUCGCCUCAUUGUCUGCAGCCCUGGGACUCGGCGACUUCCCCCGCUCACCCACGGCGCUGGCCUCGUGGGGCUGAGUCAGUGCCGGGCGCCGGUGGGGUGACCUCUGCUCCGGCUGGCACUGCCGCCCCAGGGUUGGGGCUUACGAGCCGCUGCCUGUACCUGCCUGCCCGCCCUCCCCGCAGGUGGGUGGCCGGCAGCGAGGCCCGGGCUAGGCGCUCUCGGCUCUGGAAAUCCCCUCUGGUCCUGCGCUGUUCCUCAGACCCCGGCAGGCGCUGGCAGCCUGCCCCGGCGCUCGCCGCUGCUUCCCCGGGCUGGCUGGGCGCCCGGGCUGGGGCGCGGGGCUCUGCUCAGACCGGCCCUGGCUGCAGCGGCCCCCGGGGGCACAAGUGCCGGGCUGGGGAGAGGCGGCAGCGCCAGGGCCAGGCUGAGCAUGCUGCAGCCUGGCUCCCCUCUGCUGGGGGCUGCUGCGGGGGGGGGGGGGGGGGGGGGGCCUCGUCAUGCUGCCUUCCCCCUGCCCUGCUGCCGGGGGCUGGCACUGGCUCCUGCUCUCCAGGCUGUGGGGUCCAUACACUGAGGGGCUGUGCCCCCCCUGGAGGCCCUCUGCCCCGCCGCCCCCCCAGGGAGGGAGGAGAGGGGAGGGCAGGGCCCUGAUCUCCCUCUCAUGCCUGCCUUCU